AGGGGACAUAUUCCAGAUUCUCAGCCUGUAUGUAAAAAAGACUGGUUUCUUCGGUGUUCUUGAAACAGCAGCAAGAAAUGGCAACCACAGUUCUAAGUGUGAGCGUUCCAGCGAAGAAUGAUUUCCAGCAUCCUGUCGAAGAUCAGCAACCAGAACUGGAGUACUGCGUCAAUGACAGUCCUCCGUGGGUCGAAACAUCGUUUCUGGCUUUUCAACACUACCUCACGAUGCUCGGAACGACUGUAGUAAUUCCAAGUAUCAUGGUCGACGCAAUCGGAGGCGACGAUCGACACAGGACUCUAGUUAUUCAAGCGUUGCUCUUCGUCAGCGGCCUGACUACGCUCGGUCAGACUUUCUUUGGGACGAGGCUCCCGGCAGUGAUUGGAGGAUCCUACGCCUUUAUGAUUCCGACGCUGACAAUUAUCAAUUCCCCGAAACUGCUUAGCAUCUAUGAUUCCGAGGAGAGAUUUCUUCAAACCAUACGUGCAAUUCAAGGUGCUCUUAUUUGCGCUUCCAGCAUUCAAAUAGCUCUGGGAUUUAGUGGAGUGUGGGGUGUAUUUUCAAGGUCAGUUUUGAAAGAUUUUCUUCUUUCGUUUGUUGUAACGAACUCGACCAGGUUUAUGUGCCCCAUGACAAUAGCUCCUGUUAUUAUGAUGACUGCUCUAGGAAUUUACGAGUAUGGAUUUCCCGGGGUUGGAAAAUGCGUGCAAAUUGGACUUCCUCAGCUGGCAUUGAUACUCAUCCUUUCACAAUACUUGAAAUCGGUGAAGCUGCGGCCUCAAGGAAUACCAGUGUUUGAGCGUUUUCCGAUUAUCUUUUCUAUGGCCUUAAUCUGGGCCUACGCGCAAGUUCUUACACUGAGUGGAGCUUAUCGACAUUCAAGCCCCUUGGGGCAGAUGCACUGUCGAACGGACCGUGCUAAUCUCAUCAGCUCAGCUCCAUGGGUCAGGGUUCCGUAUCCUUUGCAAUGGGGAACUCCAACGUUCAGUGCAAGUCAUGUGUUCGGGAUGAUGGCCGCGGUGCUUGUUUCUCUUGUUGAGUCUACGGGAACUUUUUAUGGUCUAUCGAGACUUUCGGGGGCGACGCCUCCACCGUCUCAUGUUUUGAGCCGUGGAAUAGGCUGGCAGGGAAUUGGAAUCAUGCUCUGUGGCAUGUUCGGGACUGCAACUGGUUGUACAGCUUUAGUGGAGAAUGCAGGUUUGAUUGGCCUAACAAGGGUUGGAAGCCGAAGAAUAGUUCAACUAUCAGCUAUCUUGAUGAUCUUCUUCUCGGUUUUCGGUAAAUUUGGUGCCAUCCUUGCUUCAAUCCCCGUGCCACUGUUUGCAGCGGUCUAUUGCAUUCUGGCCGGGGUGUUAGCUUCGACCGGUUUCACCUUUCUCCAAUUUGCAAACUUAAGCUCCCGGAGGAAUCUCUUCAUCCUGGGAUUCUCGCUGUUCCUGGGACUGUCAGUUCCGCAGUACUUUCGAGAGUUCGCCGAUUCCGCAGGCCACGGUCCCGUGCACAGUGGAGCCAACUGGUUUGACGAUGCUCUCAACGUUACGUUCUCCUCCAAUGCCGCAGUAACUCUGAUGGUGGCGGUUCUCCUCGACAACACGCUCGACAUUGGAGCGCCAAAUGCAAAGAACCGCGGCGUGAAUUGGUGGAGCAAGUUCUACAACUUUGGAGACGACGUGAGGAGCGAAGAGUUUUACAAGCUGCCACUAAACCUCAACGAUUACUUCCCGCAAGCUUGAAAAAAAAUCCAGGGACGUGGCAACCACUGGUGUGCCUAUAAUGAUAAAGGCGCGACUUUGGUUGGAUUCCCGCCACGUAGCCGACGAAUAUACCCCUCCAUGGAAGCCAGGUGCUUCCUCUUCGUCGCCCAAGAACUAAAGAGCUCUGUGUGUGCUGCAGUUAGAGGAUAGGGUUAGGGUUUGCGAUGCGCCUUCCAGUGGAUGGAGAAUUCCCGGAAGCCGAUGUCUAGAAUGAGGUACAAUACCGAUCUCUUCUUUCUACCAA